CGCCGGGCCCCGAGCGCCCUCCCCGGGGGCACCGGAGGUGUCUCGGCGGCGCUGCGCCCGUUAAUGUCGCACCAAGCACCCCCCGCACACAGGGCCCGGGCUGCGGCCGCGGCGCCUCGUCCCCGUCCUCGUCCCCAUCCCCACACAACCACCGCCGCUCCAGACUCCUCCCGGCCGGCUCGCCCGCCGUGCCCGGUCCGGUGGCGGCGGUGGCGGGCGGAGGAGGGGGCUGCUGAGCGGCGGCUGGCGGAGCCAACGGGCGGCGGGAAGGGGGGCGGGCGCUGCGGGGGUGUCGUGCUGGAGCGAGGCGUGCCCCAGCCGCUAGGCACCCUGUGGAGCCGGGGAGCGACGUUUGGACGGCGGUGGUGGUGGUGGUGGUGGCGGCGGGCGGCAGCGGGCAGCUCGGCGUCCCCUCCACCCCCCCCCGUGAGUCUGGGGAACCUGCAGCUCAAAGCCGCCGCCAGCCACAGCGCCAUGUACCCCGGCAACAAGCGGAAAAAGGUCUGGCGGGAGGAGAAAGAACGUUUGCUGAAGAUGACCUUGGAGGAAAGACGCAAAGAGUACUUGAGGGAGUAUGUUGCGUUGAAAAAUAUUCCAACAUGGAUGGAAGAAAUGAAAAGUAAGAAUGAAAGUGAUGGUGAAAAUGCUAAGGAAGAUCAGCAGGGGAAGAAAAGCCUGAGCGAGAAAGUCUCCCUGUACAGAGGCGACAUCACAUUGCUUGAGGUCGAUGCCAUCGUCAAUGCAGCUAAUUCCAGCCUUCUUGGAGGUGGAGGAGUGGAUGGCUGUAUACACAGAGCUGCUGGGCCCUGUUUAGUUGCUGAAUGCCGCAACCUGAGUGGCUGCGAGACUGGACAAGCAAAAAUUACGUGUGGAUACGAACUACCUGCAAAAUAUGUGAUCCAUACUGUUGGGCCGAUCGCAAGAGGACAUCUUACUGACACUCAUAAAGAAAACUUGGCAAAUUGCUAUAAAUCCUCUCUGAAACUGGCAAAAGAAAACAACAUCAGAUCACUUGCAUUCCCCUGCAUUUCAACGGGAAUUUAUGGUUUUCCAAACGAGCCUGCAGCUGUCAUUGCCCUUAACACUAUUAAGGAAUGGUUAAGCAAGAAUCACAACGAGGUGGAUCGUAUCAUCUUCUGCGUCUUUUUGGAGAUUGACUACAAAAUUUUCAAGAAGAAAAUGGGUGAAUUUUUCCCUAUAGAUGAUAAUGAAGAGACUGAGAUGAGUGAAGAGACAGAAGGGUUGGAACAAAAAGGCCAGCUUCCAUCUCCCACAAAGUGCAAAGCAGAGCAGCCUGAGGACCUGCAAGAUGAUUCUGAAGGUGGUAACAGCACAGAGGAGAAGCAAAACAUGGAAGACACUGAGGGCCCGAGCCGAGAAGCAGAUGAGAUGAAACCUUCAGCUGUAGCCAGCCUAUCAUCAUCAGAAGCCACAGAGCCGUGUGAGGAUAAAGACUCCCUGAAAGACUCCAAGGGCGCGCGGGAGAGUGACCCAGCACAUCCUAUGGGGUGCGAGCAAGAUCAAGCCGAAGGACAGCAGGAUGGUGCUGCAGAGGAGGAGAUGAAAACUGGGGCAGAUUCCCAAAGCUCCUGCAUGGAGAUAGAAGAGCCAUUGUUGAACCAAGAAGACACAACAGAAGAGGAGAAACCUUUGAUUCCCAGUGCAGAGGAAAAAGAAAAAGAAGGAGGAGGAGGAGCACAAGUAGAAGAAGAAGAGGGGAUGCAAGAGGAGGAGGAAGCUUCUGCAGAGCCAAUGAAAGUUGAACUCACAUGCAAAGCCGCAGAAGUUUCAAGUAAUGACGCUGAAAUGAAUAGCCAAGGUGAGAGCAAGAAGGAUCCCACAGAAAGCGUGCCAGAAGCGUAACCAACAGGAAGGAUGCAGGAGAUGAGAGACCAGACAAAACCCGAAGGGCAGGUGUCGACACCCUACGGCAUCGUCCUUGGCAGAAAAGAGCAAGCGGAGGUGCUCCGCGGGUUGGGAGGGAGGGAGCUUUGGGGAAGUGACUCUUUGCUUUAAUUUCUCUUUGUCCUUCAUCGCGUUUUGUUCUGUAAACCUGUUGGAAAGACACAACUUCCCAGGUCUAACGCUGUUUUGCAACUAUCCCUGCAAUUACAAUAGUUUCUUCUGAA